UACCUUUUCAAUAACUGAACGAGAUAAAUUAUGCUUUGAGUGUUAAAUUUCCAUAAGCACACCUCCUACAAUUUACACACUUUAACAGUUAAAAGAGAGUUUGAUAAAGGUUCAAACAUUGAAGCACGUCACUGAAGUAAGGACAAGGAUUUAACUCUCACAAAAAUGGCUGACCAACUGACAGAAGAACAAAUUGCAGAAUUCAAAGAGGCUUUCAGUCUUUUCGAUAAAGAUGGUGACGGUACUAUUACCACAAAAGAACUGGGAACUGUCAUGAGAUCUCUGGGACAAAAUCCUACUGAGGCUGAACUACAGGACAUGAUUAAUGAAGUGGACGCCGAUGGUAAUGGAACGAUAGAUUUCCCAGAAUUUCUAACUAUGAUGGCCCGAAAAAUGAAGGAUAGUGACUCUGAAGAAGAAAUCAGAGAAGCAUUCAGAGUUUUUGAUAAGGACGGCAAUGGUUUUAUAAGUGCAGCUGAACUUCGCCACGUGAUGACAAAUCUUGGUGAAAAAUUAACAGAUGAAGAAGUAGAUGAGAUGAUAAGAGAGGCUGACAUGGACGGUGAUGGACAAGUAAAUUAUGACGAAUUUGUGAAAAUGAUGACGUCGAAAUGAGGGAGAUUAGCCAUGAUGAGACACAAAAACAAUAAACAAAAUUUAAAUAAUAUAUUUAUAGAAUAAAACAGCAUGUGUUCAAAGUUUGUAAUUUGAGCGAUUUUGAUAUUCCUAUCAAUUCUAAUUCUUCAAUAGUCUCUUAAAGAAAUAUUUACUUAAACAAAUUGAAUGUAAUAUAAUGUAAACACCACAACAAAACAUCAUAUAGAAGUACCAUCAAGAAGACGAAUGUUAUUAGCAAAUAUUUUAUUUUGAUUUUCAUGUUAAGGUGACAUACAUGCCUACUAUACUUUGUAACAUAUACUGUUUAGACGAUU